CAUCGUCGUGGCCGAGGAGCUACUCCUACUUACAACAUAAUGGAGCCCAGAUGGACGAAGAACGUUUGCAGGGCUGUUUUAUGGUCUGGGUGUUUGCUGUGCGUUAUAUUUGUCAGUCGCCGGACACGCUGACUCUGCAGUGAUGGUGCUGAACGGCACUGCGGCAGUCCUGCGUUGCACCUUCGACUCCAGUGAAGUGGUGAGCAAAGCCAGCAGUGGGAGCUGGAGGUUCCGGUCCAGUCAGCCUGACAGUCAGAACCACUCAGCUCCACAGUGGUCCAGCUGGAGCGAAUACGGCAGGCAGAGUCCCUGGAUUGGAUCAAAGUGAUCCUGAAUGACACCAACCUGACCGACAUCAGCCAGCUUCCAGAGACAUGACGGCCUCACACUGGUUUCAGUGUGAGGCCGUCUAACAUUAUUAUCGACCCGCAACCAAGAAUUUGGAAGUACAGGAAAUCAACAAAUCAAUCUGUCAAUGCACUCGAUGUAACAAAUUUCCUCGUUAAGUUACAAACACGUUUCCUUACAAGACUUACUCUAUGCAAGUGUAAAGGGAGCAGGGAGAAGAAAAGUCUCACAGAAACCUGUCCCUUUUUCAAUAGUUACAGAAUGCAUUGUUCAUGGCUGCAUGCAUUCAAUUAUAACAAUAUGAGUUGCAUGCAAUAUAUCAUUCUCCUCAUUUUUAACUCAAAAGUGUAUACAACCUUUUUUAUUAUAAAGUGUUUGGAAUUCACUUAAAAUAAAGCAUUUUUCAGCUGCUUAUCCAAACUAUUUCCUACUUUUACUCCAUUCAUCAAAAUGCACAUUUUGUGAAAAAAAGUAAAACAGUAUUACACAGUUUUACUUUUGAAAUCCUUCUGUCAUUUCUGUCAUCUGAGCUUAAGAUGAAAAGUUCUUGUAAAUUAAUUGGUAAUAAUCAAUUUUUAGCUUGAAACAUAAUUAAUGGAAUCUUUUUGAUUGAAUAAUCUAUUUAUUAGUAUGUUCUCUAGCCAGGGCCAGCCCAAGGCAAAAGCAGCUGCUAAGCAGUUACUUAGGGUCAAUGGCCACUAGGGGGCCCCCUUAGUGGAGCUAUUUUUUUUUCUUUUCUUUUUUGUGAUGAUUUCUUUGUUGUCAACAACAACAACAAAAAAAAACACACAAUUUCCACAUACAGUUGUUAAUUUGUAUUUCAAUUAUAUAAAUUUGAUCCUGUAGGAAUACCUUUUUAAAUAGGCAAAGAGAAAAAAAUAAAUUAUCUAUGACUACAACUGGAACGCAGGACGAAUAAUGGAGAAUCUAUUGUCAUUUUAUUAGUUUUGAAUUGGUAGAUUGUUUUGUUCUGCUUGUGGUUUUGGUGGAAUAGAAUAGAAAUGUAUGUUAUUGUCUCAGUGGAAAAAUCCAGGUGUGCAGGCUGCGAGGUCAAGGUGAAUGGAAGCUGACAGGUUCACAAAGUCUAAGGUGUUUGACUUUAUCACACCCAUACUGUGGACCAAAACUGACAUAAUUAAAAGUAAAAGUACAUUUAAAAUUUUCUUUUUCCAUUUACUCUUACUUAUUUAUCUAUUUGAUUUCCUCAAAGACUUUUGGUUGUAUUUUAUUUUAAAACAAUAAAAUGUGCAUUAUGUGCUCAAAUAGAUGUAUUAAAGCAUUAAGUAAAAUUCUCCUUUAAAAAAAAAAAUAUCUGGCACAUUUUAAGUGUAUUGACAUAUUUAUUGGUCCGUUUAGCCCUGCGAUGGACUGGUGACAUGUCCAGGGUGUAAACAGCCUCUCACCCAUUUGACAACAAGAGAGGCACCAGCUGACCAUUGGGUCAGCAGCACCCCACCUGAUACCUCUGAGUGGAUCAAGAUUAGCUGCGUCUUUCCGGGGAUCCUGCAGGGGGCGACAAACAGUCAGAGGGAGAAAUGAAUCUGCUCUACGAAGAAGUCACAGGACCUGCAUGUGCAAUCACCAUAUACGCCGACUCUGAAGUGAUAGUGCAGAACGGCACAACGGCAGUCCUGCGUUGCACCUUUGACUCCAGUGAAGUGGUGACCAAAGCCACCAGUGUGAGCUGGAGCUUCCAGUCCAAUCAGCCCGACAGUCAGUACUACUCAGCUCCAUACGUGAUUUUAUAUUUUGCCGACGGAAAAGCAUAUCCAGGACAAGAAGAAUUCAAACACAGAGUUCAGUUUGUGGGAGACAUCAACAAGAAGGACGCCUCGUUACAGCUGAGUCCGGCUCAGUUCAGCGACAACGGGACCUUCUUCUGCGACGUGAAGAACCCGCCCGACGUGUCGGGAACUCAGGGCCGAACGGAGCUCAAAGUUGUUCAGAAAGAUGAGUCAGUCAGCAGCAGCUCUAACCCUGACAACAGCAUAACCCCUUACCCCCAUCCCAGUGGAAAAGCAGAGUCUCUCCCUCAGACCAACACUAAGAUUGUAAUCUUAGCAGUGUGUGGUGCUUUAAUUCUGCUCAUCGCCGUCGCUAUAGCUGCCUGCUUCGCCGUACGGGUGAUUCAAAACCGGCACGAUUACGAAGGAUGUACGUCCCUGGAAGGCGUGAGCUCUGAAGCUCCGCGGCCGCUAAAGAAGGCGGAGUCCAGCCGGGAGGGCACCAGGUCAACCGGCCCCUCGGGUCCGCUGCAGGUAGGAGCUCCAGGACGAGGAAAUCCACCGAGGGCCCCUAUUUCAAAGGGCCCGGUGAUAUACGUCCAGUUGGAUCACUCAGGCAGUAAAAACUCGUUCCAUAAGAUGGAGCCCGUGGUCUACGCUGACAUCCGUAAAAACUGAAGAUGGGGACCAAAACAAACAAACAAACAAAAAAAAAACUAAAAGAAAAGAAAAAAACAAAAGAAAACAUAGUAAAGUAUGAGACCUCUCAUUUAGCUGCUCUUGGGAAGGGUGGGAAAGGUUUUAACAGGGACAGAACUGGUGCAGUUUCUCUCUCUACUCUCUUCUUUCUCCAUAUUUUGUCCUAUGAAAGCAUGUUAUAUGAUAAACUAAUGUAUUAGUUGUUGACUUAAAGAACAAAAAAGCUACAAAAACUCUCCAGUUGAUACUACAUAAUAUCAGCCUUUAAAAAGUUCUCCAAAACGGGGAGCAAAGUGAAAAUAAUGCCUUCAUUGACAUCAUUCCAAGUGUAGAUUAUUUUAUUUUAACCCUUGAAUUGUUGUGCCCCCCUUAACCAUCUAGUAGCCUCAGACACACCCAGCAUAUUACAGAUCUGCAGGCUGUUGCACCAAGUCAGCUAACAUUUACUGACUUCCAUAUCUUACAAGUGAAGGCUAAAAUCAUGCCGAGAUUUUUGUUUCAUCAAAUGAACGACCAGUUUCAGUGAAAGAAAACGCCAUUGCUUACUUGAUAAUUAAAACUGCUUGUGAGCAUGCUGUAUAAAAAUCAGUUUAACAACUCUUAUUUAUUUCAAUUUGAUUGAGGACAAUAUAUUUGUUUCACACAAAGUUAUAUGCAUUUUUUAAGUUAGAGUUUUAAGUCUGCUGACAUCAGAGUAGGGCUGAAUCCCAUUAAGUUUAACAAUCAAACUCCAAUGAUAAAUGCGUAAGAUACACCCUAAGGGAGCAGGAAUCUCCUUGUCAUUUAUUACAAUUAAAUAAAAUAUGUUUUUACCGGAUUUUCAGACACGGGAAAUCUAGCUGCGUUUUGAUUUGCAGCUUUGUCGUUUGGCUCACCUCAAACCUGAUGCCUGGCAUUUAAGAUGUUCCAUACCAACCAGAUGUCAACUUGCUUACCUUGGAGACAUUUCACACUCACUUCGACUACAAACGAACAAUGUUUUAUACUGAUAAUGUUUACCAAUAAAACUGAGGUCACUCAGUCAAUCUCACCCAAAAUAGAUGAAAAUAGUCCACAACAAAACAUAUGGAUUGAAUUAUGAGGUUGAUGUUUAGAUUAUUUCUGUAAUUCAUUCGAAUCAUUGUGUCAUAUUAACCCCUCAAAGGAGUGCCCCAGUUAACGAGGGUAUGUUUUACGUACUGUUUGAAUUACAUCCUGGCACAUCAGGGAUGUGAGAAAAAUGGGAUUCAGCCAAACGAGCUCAGAUUGUUUCCUAAAAGUCAGGUUCUGCUCCUCAUUUAAGAGCCUGACAUCAUGGUGCUUUGAGUCGACGAUGUUUACCCUGAUAAAAUGCAGGCAAUGUCAAACUUUAAAAAAAAAAGCAAAGGUACAGAAGUUAAAGGUGCACUGUAAAUACACAACACCGUCUGUGCUUUCUCUGGUGAUGAAAUGUCUAAACCUACAGAGAAAAAAUGUAGAGUUUAGAAAGAUGGUAGAAAUGAAGCUACUUUUCAAUUAUUUUAUGUCCAUUUUCUUUAUCUGACAGUGGCUUAGGGUAGUCAGGUACACUCGGUUCAAUUAGGAACCAGAAUUGCAACAUUUGCUAAAUUAUCAGCUGCCGUAGUUCUCUUUAACAAUGCUUCACUGUCUGAAAUAAACCAAAGGCUUUGAAAAACCUGCUUCCCUCCUCGCCUGUGGUGACGCUGCACCAGGAAUCACUGAGGGGAAUGAUUAGCGGUUGUAAGAUUUCUCUUAUGGCUUUGCCUGCUGUGCGAUUUGAUUUGGUUUUAUUUACCCAGAAUACCCUGUGCUGCAGUCCGCUUUCUGCUUCUGGAGUGGUCUUCGGUCCAAUUGGCAUUCACAUAAGCAUCCAAACCGCACCAGAGUUCACUUCAGACAGAAAUUUGGAGGCGGACCAGAGUUAGCUUUUUUUGGUCUACUUUAGAGUUCGAUUAACUCCUCUCAAAACGAACUGGACUUUCUAAACGAACCGACUGCAGUCUUAUUAAAGCAGACUAAACGGGGCUGGAGUGAAUGCAGCCUAAAGGUAGAGCAUUUCCACCAUUUGGUGGAAAUGGUGGAAAACAGAACCAAACAAGAAAUAGAUCCGUCCAAAAUUAUGGCCACAUGCACUAAUUAAAAUUUUUAUGUUUUUAUCCAAAAGGUUAACGCACAUUCAGAAUGUUUUUAAUUCUGAUUUGCACCACAGUUUCAAACUCUACUAAUACCAUUUUGAACACUUAGGAACAAUUCAUAAGAUGUCAUGGCUAAAAACAAAAUCAUAUUCUUAAACAUUUGGCUGCAAAGAAUAAUUUUGAGGUUCAAUAGGGACUCAAAAUUCUGUCAAACUUGAAGCAAAAUACCUCUGUUGACAUUUGGACGACAAUUUUGAUUCAGUCUAGUGAAAGUACAGCUUGCUGGUAAAAUAAAUCUAAAGUAGCCUUUCAGGUGCAACAGUCUGCAGAAGCUGCAGUUGAUCUCCAUCAAGGGCAUCUCCAUCGUGGUCUUGUUUUGUAGAGGCGUAUUUAGUAAUGUAAAGUUAGAUAUUGGCCCACAGUAACAUUGCAUGCAGUUCUAGUAACAUCUACGAAGUGAAGUGAAGUUGGUACUGCUCAUCCAGCUAGUUUGUUGCGCAGAAGAAGGCGCCUGACGUUGUGUUACUGUGAAUGCUCCAGCUUUCUGUGAAGUUCUGGCAUGUUGUCGUGGUACCAGUUGAAAAAAAAAAUCCAUAAACUCCCUUUUUGGAUUUUUACCUCAACAGCUUAAAAAAAACACAAGAAUUUUGGGUUUAAUUUAAUUUGAAUUAUUGCGGGAGUUUUGGUUAUUCAGCGUCAUGUUAACUUAUUUGUUUCUAAAUACACUAGGCAUGUUAAUAAAUGUUGCGCUGAGGUGACUUUUUCUCUUCUUAUAAAAAACAGGGAGAUGUCAUUUUGCAUAACAAAACUUUUAAAUACACGGUUUGCAUGCAAUUUACUAACAAGCAUUUUUUCCCCCCAAAUGUCUUAUUUUUUUCUAUCUGUAUCAUGUUUUCCCUCAUUCGCGGGCCAAAUAUGAAUGGUUUUUCUUUACAGAUAGUGUUGAGCUUUAAAUGCAUUCCAAACUAUUUUUUAUUUUCUGUUGUCUUAAAGCAUUUUAAAGCCAAAUUUGUUUUUAAAUUAUGUUGACUUUUUGUUGUGGAACCAGUCUGAAAGCCAUCAGCUCAUGAUCUCGAAUGCAGUAAGUUUCCAUAAGUGUGUUUGUUUUGCUUAACAGUUGAAAAUGUUGUGCUGUUUACUGUAAGUCAUUCCAGUGUGGUGUGCCUGUGGGUGUCUUUCCAGAGGAAGGACGGUAGUUUGCUGAAGAGGUCCAGAAAGAUGCUGAUUUGUUUGUUGUUUUCGCUUAAAGUCUUAAUUCUUUGUAACCAGACACUAAAACCUACACAGUGCCUGCAUAAAGUAUUGGUGUGAACACUUCAUAAUGGUCAGAAUUAAAGACUUCUUCUUUUAGUAAAUAUUUUAGUGCCCUAGCCAGAGUAGCAUGUGAGCAGCAUUUCCAUUAAUAAGAUCAGACCAAGCAGAUACUGUAUAUUGACCAAUAUAGGCUCAUCUACAUGAUGAAAACAACAUUUUCUACCUCAACAAAAUCCAAUUUUAGUAGUAAAAUGGAAAAAAAAACAACCAAAACUUAAAAAUUUCCCAGCAACGACAGUCCAGGCUACACAAGCGAACUUUAAAAUCAAACCUCAAACAUUCCUCUUUCCAACAGCGCCAGUAUCUCACUGAACCACGAGACAAAAACAGGAAAAUAAUGCUUAUUUCACCAAGCCAGAAACAUAGAUAGUGUCUUUUUUUUUUUUUUUUGCUGUUUUAUGAUAGUAAUUCAUGUUGGAGUAAAUAUUUCCACUCGGCUCCUGUAAUCUUUUAUUUCUGCGUGAUUUCUGACCAGUUUCACCCUUUUUAGCGGCAGAUGCACUUCCUUCGCUUUGACUGGUGAAUAACGUGAAUAAUUGACGGUUCAAUGGACGUGCCAAGCAUCCAAAUCACCCAGUGUACUCCAGAAAUGUCCCUCCAUAGUUUACAAUGUCUGACCAGAGUACAGAAUGCUUUGACCCACUGAGCUCAGGACACUUGUAGAAGUAUUCUUUUAAUUUUGGUUUCAUUGCAAAGCCAGUAAUUAAAUAGAAUGACAAACCGAGGAUGAUAUAUAGGUGGCACAGAAAAUAACCUGAGAGAUUUCAAAUGCCACAGACGGUACCAAACUGUUCUAUAAUUGCUCCUUUGGAAGGUUCACCGAGAGUUUUAUCAACUAAUACGUCCCCCAAAUUUCUAUGCUGAGCUGUUUUUACUGACUGGAUUUUGGUACAAAUUACUGCUGUGUCCCAUACUCAUUUACUUUUAUUCAGUAAUAUGAGUGCAGAUUUUAGACCCCAUAAGUUUUCUUUUAUUUUGAUACCAAGACAAUUAAAAAGAUUAACCUUGCGUGCCAGAGAUAUAAUACAAUUUAUUUUGGGCCAUGCACUCCAUGGUAAUUUAACAAAAAUAGAUCAGAUCUUUAGCAGUGAAAGAUGCAUUAGGCAAAAACUGAGAAAAAAAAAAACUAAAAUUUUUACAUUAAAAAAAACUGAAUUUUUCUCAGGGUUGAAACUAAGCUGAACAUUCCGUCCUAAAAUAUUUAAAAAACAGAAACUGUGACAUUAUAAAAGCCAUAAAAGUUAUCAAAAUGCAAAUUCAGUGACUCAAAGUCCAACUUUCAUAGACUUUAGUAGGUGUUUCUUCUGUAAUAUAUAACUCAGUAGUGGAGAUAAACAAAAAAGGGCUGUGUAAUUUCCUUCUUUUAUUUUUUUUAGCUUCAUUUAUUAACCUGUACGACUGCGUUACAAAAAGAGAUCCUUAUUUUGACCAUUAUAACUCCAAACAAUGCAGGCACUGUGUUGUCUUCCACUUGACCCGUCUUGUUCGUCCUCAACCCAACAGGAAGUGUUCGGUUCUUGUUUUGUUUUCUGUUGCCGCUCAGCAUCACGCAUGUUACCGACUAACCCGACAGGAAAAGGAACAAACAUGUAAAAAAUACUGACAAAACCCUUUACUGCUGGUCACCUGGCUUCUAAUCGUGACUUGUCGCAGUGUUUAGUGAUGUUGUAAAAAUUGUGAUGUAAACUAUAAAUUAUGAAAGACUUCAUCUGAGCUCGUGUACGGGUUUCGGGUCUUACGCAGGGCUGAACGGUUCAGUCACGUCGAGUCUUACGGAGCGUGCUCAGUGUUUUUCGGUGGUUAGAUAGUUGUGUGUUAUUUACGAAUUGUUUGGUAUGUUGUGUGAAAUCUGCACUAUGUCUUGCAUAACAAAGACAACGAAUGCCCUGUGAUUGUUUUGUUUUGUUUCCUCGAAGUAACCAUGGCCUCUGUUUAAUGUCUUUAAAACUGGAAUGUUGUACAUUUAGUGCCUUUUACAUUUCAUCAGCUAACUUGAACAUCUGCUCAAAAAUAGAAAAUAAGAUUCAUUUAUUUUCCUUUUAUUGUAUGUAUUUUUUUAUACACAUAAUAUCGCUUCUGUAUCCACUGUUCAAAUUUUAUAUAAAACCUACUCCCGGUCAAUAAAACAAAGUUUCUGCUCGUUA